GGUUAAUUAGCACCUCCCCACCCUGGCAGUAAUUGUGGGUGGGGCUGGAGGGCAGUAGGUUAAAGUAAAUCCCAAAUAUACACAAUAGCCUGGGGGUUGGGGGGCUUUUUUUCCUCUCUUGCUUUAUUUUGGGUGGUUUGGUUUUAUUUAUGUUUUUUUGAAGGUGUUUUAUUUUACUUUUUUAAUGCUAUCUUUCCAAUGGCUGCCAGUAAAUCGGCCAAUGCAUCUGAGAUGGGGCUCAUGGCCAUUGAGGACUUCCUAAGGUGCCCUCCACCUGGGAUCCAGUCUCAGAAUCUUUCCACCAGAAGCACCGUGACCUGCCUGUCCGACAGCAUCAGCCUGAUGAUAGAUGACUUUAUCGCUAUAUCUGGUAGAAGGGUCAUGUUUACAAACUCCCUUGGUCGAAUCCUUCAGGCAAAAACUAUGAUGGAGUGUGCAGAGGUGAAGAAGAAACUGAUGUCGAACCUCCUCAUCAUCCUUGUGGCUGCCUGUCAGAGUAUUCCAGUUCAAGGGAAGAGAAAAAAGCCAAAUAAACCAGGGAAAGUGCUAAGGCAUUUUGUUCUCAUGAUCAAUGGGAAGAAUCCAAGGAUUAAGUACAAAAUGGAGCAAGGAUUAAAUGCCGUCCUGCCGUCUGUCAUGUGUGAGAACUACACUGUAAAGGUUGAUUUCAUGGAUUCUCUAGUGAAACUCACAACAGACACAGAUCUCACUGUCCUUGAUGGUUCUCAGUCUGUAACUCCAUGCUGGAAAAACACCACCUUUUCUCUGGAUUAUAACGGUGAUGGUGGCUGUGAGUUUGCAUACUGCCUUGGGUUCAGCAAAAGGAAGUUUCCAAUUCAGGGUCAGAUUAUUCAUCUGAAAAACAAAACUGCUGAAGAAAAGGAGAAAGUGGAAGAAUUCUUUAGAGCUUUUGUUCCCCAGACCAGCAUAAAGUCAGAUGCCGCGAUGGAACAAUCUUCUUAAUAUUCAUUUUAGCCAAGUGUGAAAAACUGUUUGUGUUGACAAUGUCUGUAACAUUUCAAAUGUCCUACAUAAACAAGACCAAGGAUUCUAA